AUGAAUAACUUUUUCUUAUGUAAAGAAGAUCACAAUACUAUCCAUAAAAAAACUGAUAAUAUAUCUGAACAAUGCAAAUUGUUAUUAAAAGAAGAUGCAGAUUUUCCUAGAGGAGGAAAUGAUUUAGAAGAAUCAGAAAUAAAUUCUUCUUUUGAAAGACUUAAACGAAAUAUUCAUUUUGAUGAAAAUAUUUCAGCAAAAAGAAUAAAAUCAAGUAAAACAAAGAAAUCAAAGCUGUAUGAAAGCAAGAAUUAUCUUUUUUAUGAAAAUUUAAAAAUUGAAAGUCUUACAUUUAAAACAAUUACUAAAGAUACAAUUAUAUUAGGACAAGUGCAACAGAUAAAUGAGUUUGAAAUAGUUGUAUCUUUACCUAAUAAUUUAUUUGGAUACGUUUCUAUAGAAAAUAUUUCAAAAACCUUUUCAUCUCGUUUUAAAAAAUCAAUUGAAGAUAAUUUGAAUAAUAUGUUAUCUUUAGAAACAAUGUUUCAUAAAAAGCAAUGGAUUAGAGUCUACGUUAUUUCUACAUCUGUUGCGGAAUUAUCAGAAACCAAUUUAUCGAUACUAUCAAAAGAUAAACAAAAAAAAAGAAUAGAACUAAGCCUUGAUCCUGGAUAUACUAAUAGAAACUUAAAUCCAAGUUCAAUUAGUGAAAAUUUAAUUUUACAAGCAUCUAUUAUUAGUGUUGAAGACUAUGGAUAUAUAGCUGAUAUCGGAAUCGAGGGGAUUUCUGGGUUUAUUAAAAAACAAAAUACACAAUAUUCUGAAUUGUACGAAGGACAGGUUAUUCUUUGUACUGUUAUAAAAGGUUAUUCAAAAGAGCGUAUUGUUCAAUUAUCUACCAAUCUUUCUAAAACAAAAAAAAAACCGUUAAUAAAUAUACCUGAUAUUGAAGUACUUCUGCCUGGAAAUCUUGUAGAAGUUAUGAUUACAAAAAUUUAUUCAGGUGGUAUUUGUGGAAAAAUUAUGGGUGUUUUGAAUGCAACUGCUGAUAUAUUUCAUUGUGGAGAUAGUUUAUCUAAUAUAUCUAGCAAAUUUCAAGUUGGAAAAACGGAAAAUGCAAGAAUUAUUUUUAAUUUUGUUGAAUCUGAACCUAAAAAAGUAGCUGUAUCAUUUCUUUGUCAUAUAAUAAAUUUUUCAACUAUUACUGAUUCUAAAGGAUUACAAAAUGAUCCUUUAGAAUCUAUUCCUGUGGGGUUUAAAAUAGAAAACGCAAUAAUUAAAAGAACAGAACCUGGAAUAGGUGUAUUUUGCGAUAUUGGACUUGAAAAUAUAUUUGGAUUUGUUCAUAUAUCUCAUUUAUCAGAUAGCAAAGUAGAAUCUAUAUCACCAACAACUGGUCAUUAUAAAGUUAAUUCCUCUCAUCAAGCUAGGGUAAUAGGAUUUUCAAAUAUUGAUGGUAUUUAUAUUUUAUCUAUGUUAACUAGUAUUUAUAAUCAAUCUCAUUUGAGACUUGAAGAUUUUAGUAUUGCUGAAUUAGUCACUGGAAUUAUUGGAAAAAUUAUACCUCAAGGAAUUUUGAUACAUAUUACAGAAGGGAUUACAGGUAUUGUUCCUAUUUUGCAUAUGUCUGAUGUCUUUUUAAUUCAUCCGGAAAAAAAAUUUAAAGAAGGGGAUAAAGUUUCAUGUAAAGUGCUUAAAAUAGAUACAAUAAAACGAAAACUUAUAUUAACAUUAAAGAAAUCAUUAAUUAAUUCCAAAUAUCCAGAAAUAACUGAUUAUAAUAAUAUAAAAAUUAAUAUGAAAUCAUUAGGAGUUUUACAAAAUAUACUAGAUAACGGAGCCGUUGUGGAGUUUUAUAAUGGAAUCAAAGCAUUUCUUCCUGUUUCAGAGAUGAGCGAGGCGUAUGUUAGCAACCCAAAAGAAUAUUUUAGAGUUGGACAAACAGUUAAUGUAUACAUUAUUUUUAUAGAUGCUGAAUCACAAAAAAUAAGAGUAAGCUGUAGAGAUCCUACAUUAUGGAAUGAAGAUAAAUUUGAGAAAUUCAAUAAACUAGAACUUGGUUCAUUUGUAUCUGGUACAGUUGUAAGCAAUUCUAAUGACGUCAUUGUUGUUUCUUUAGAUUCAAGUCUUUUGACUGGAAUUAUUGAACUUGGACAUAUUUCAGAUGAAGAUUUUGAUAAAUGUAAAGUUAUGAUGUCAAAAAUAAGACGUGGAAGUUAUUUAAAUGAUAUGAUUAUUUUAAAUAAAAAAGAAAACCAAAAAGUUGUAGUUCUCAGUAUUAAACCAAGCUUUAUUAAACUAUUAAAAGAAGGAAAUCUUCCAUCAAUGUUAUCUCAAGUAAGAAUAGGUUCUUGUCUCUCUGGUUAUAUAAAAAGUAUCCAAAAUUAUGGAAUUUUUGUAGGGUUUAUUGGUGAUUUAGUGGGUCUUGUGUUAAAACAAAAUAUGGAAAAUAAGUAUUUAGAUAAUUUAGAUUCUGCCUUUUUUUUAAACCAAACUAUACUAUGUUCAGUCAUAGAUAUCGAUAUAGAGAAAAAAAGAAUUCAACUUUCAAUGAAACAUACUGAUAUUUCCAAAAACAUUCCUCAAAAAUUAACUAUACAAGAUUUUGAAUUGAAUCCAAAUAUUAAUAUGGAUGACAUUAUUGGGAAAAUAGUACAAACAAGAAUAAUUUCAGUGAAGAAAACUCAACUUAAUGUUGAAAUAUUAGGAAAAUAUCAUGGGAGAAUUGACAUGACUCAAAUAUAUAAUUCUAUUGAAGAAAUUGAAAAUCCUAAAAAUCCUCUUCAAGCUUUUAAAGUUAAUCAGGAAAUUAAUGCAAAAGUGAUUGGGUAUCAUGAUUCACGAAAUCAUCGUUUUUUAGCUAUUACUCAUCGUUCUUCUAACAUUAAUAAAAUAUUUGAACUUACAGCAAGAUCAAAAGACUUAGAAGGAAAAACAACACCUUUAUUAUCACUAAAUGAUAUUAAUAUUAAUUCAGUACAGAUGGCAUUUGUAAAUAACAUAUUUCAAGAUUGUAUAUGGGUCAAUAUAUCACCUAAUAUUAGAGGAAAAAUUAAUAUAUUAGAUCUUAGUGAUAAUAUUGAGAUUCUUCAAAAUGUUUCAAAGUAUAUACAUAUUAGUUCAGCUAUUCAAUGUAAAAUUGUUAAAAUUAACACCGAGACAAAUCAAUUAAGUCUUUCGGUUCGUGCUUUAAAUUCGAAUUAUAUAUCUGACUAUAAUUCUGUAAUAGUUGGUUCUAUACUUCCAGGUAGAGUUGUAAAAAUAGUGGAAACAGGAUUUAUAGUCCAAAUUAAUGAAAGUAUUGCUGGGAAAAUUUACUUAACUGACAUUAAUGAUGAAUAUAAUACGAAUUUAACUAAAAACUAUCAGAGAAAUCAAAUAAUCAAAGUGUUUGUUUUAGAUGUUGAUGUUCAUAAUAAGAGUAUUGCAUUGUCAUCAAGGGAUUCUCGUGUUCUAUCAUCUAUACUUAAACAACGUGAUCCAGAGAUUACUUCAAUAGAACAACUUAAAGUUGGUGCAUCUUUUCGAGGUUUUAUUAAAAAUAUUGCUGAAAAGGGACUAUUUAUUAGUCUAAGUAGAAAUAUUGUUGCUAGAGUUAGAAUUGAUGAAAUAUCGGAUCAAUUUAUUCAGGAUUGGAAAUCUAAUUUUAAUUUAUAUGAUCUUGUUGAAGGAAAGAUUAUUUCAAUAGAUGAAAAUAAAAAAAUAGAAAUGACUUUGAAAAAAAGUAAAUUAAAAUCACUAAAACCUUUAUUAGAGUUUUUAGAUGUUACAAAAGGAGAAAUAAUUGAUGGUAUAGUUAGAAAAAUUACGAAUUUUGGGAUGUAUAUAAAUCUUAUAGGUUAUAAUAAUGUUAGUGGAUUGUGUCAUAUAUCUGAAAUUGCAGAUUGUAGAAUAAAAGAUAUUCAUAAAGUAUAUACAGAAGGGGAUACAUUAAAAACUUAUAUAUUGGAUAUUGAUUAUGAAAAACGCCGAAUUUCAUUGAGUCUUAAGCAUUCAUAUUUUCAAAUGGAACAAGUUUCUAAUGAAACAGAAGCAAAUUGCUUACUUAAUAAUAAUACUAAUGAUCAAGUUAUACAAAAUCAUCCUACAAAUAAUAGUGAAUCUCUAGAAAAUAUUGACGUUUCUUCUAAUUUAACAGAUACUAGUGAAAUUGAAAAUAAAAAUGGAGAUACUCUUAUUCAUACUGAAACAGACAAGUUUGCUAACGGUCUGUCUCUAGGGAAGUUUGACUGGACUGGGAAUUCAGGUUUUGAUGAUAAUAAAUUGAUUACUACUAUAGAAAUUACAAAUAAUUAUAUUCCUAAGAAAAAGAAAAAAGAUAUUAAUCUUUCAGAAGACAAAACAGCUAUCCUUAAUGAAUUAGAGCCUAACACCCCUGUGGAUUUUGAGCGUCUUUUAUUAAGUUCUCCUGAUUCUUCAUAUAUUUGGAUUAAAUUUAUGGCGUUUUAUGUACAACUUUCUGAAUUCGAUAAAGCAAGAGAAAUAGCUGAACGCGCUCUUAGAUCUAUAAAUUAUAGAAAUGAAAAAGAAAAAUUUAAUAUUUGGAUUGCUCUUAUGAAUUUAGAAAAUACUUUUGGUACAGAAGAGUCUCUUAAUAAUAUUUUUAAAAAAGCAUGCCAAUUUAAUGAUCCAAAAUCUGUAAUGGAAAAUCUCUGUAGUAUAUUGAUACGGUCAAAAAAGAAUGAGAAAGCAGAUGAAUUGUUCCAACUUAUGAUUAAAAAAUAUAAUAAAUCUCUAGAUGUAUGGGUAAAUUAUGCAUCUUUUUUAAUGGAAAAUAAUAAUUAUGACACAUCGAGAAAACUGUUUUCUCUUAGUCUUAAAAAUUUACCAGAAUCUGAUUUUCUUAAAGCUAAGAGUAAAUUUGCACAACUUGAAUUUAAAUAUGGAGAUCCGGAAAGAGGAAGAACUCUUUUUGAGAAUCUUUUAAGUAACUAUCCAAAAUCUACUGAUUUAUGGUCUGUUUUUUUGGAUUAUGAAAUCCAAUAUGGAGAACAAGAUAAUGUUAGAAAUUUAUUUGAAAGAAUUAUUUCUAUAAAAAUGUCGAGUAAAAAAGCAAACUUUUUUUUUAAAAAAUGGAUUGUAUAUGAGAAAAAAUAUGGUACAUAUGAGAGCAUUGAAAAUGUAAAACAGCGUGCUGUAGAAUACGUUUCGAAUUUUACAUAA